UACACGCGAGGCACCGUGACAGCCUUCUCUCCUUUUGAUGCCAGAGCUGAUGCAGAAGCUCUUCGUAAGGCCAUGAAAGGAAUGGGGACUGAUGAAGAAACCAUUCUGAAGAUCCUGACCAGCAGAAACAAUGCUCAGCGUCAGGAAAUUGCGUCUGCCUUUAAAACCUUAUUUGGCAGGGAUCUUGUAGAUGACCUGAAAUCAGAACUUACGGGCAAAUUUGAAACAUUGAUGGUAUCUUUAAUGAGACCAACAUAUAUUUUUGAUGCUCAUGCGCUGAAGCAUGCCAUCAAGGGAGCAGGAACCAAUGAGAAAGUGUUGACUGAAAUUCUUGCUUCCAGAACGCCUGCAGAAGUGCGGAACAUUAAACAGGUUUAUCUGCAAGAGUAUGAGGCCAAUUUGGAGGAUAAAAUCACAGGAGAAACAUCAGGCUUUUUCCAGAGACUGCUGGUGGUCCUGCUGCAGGCGAAUAGAGAUCCUGACGGCCGAGUUGAUGAGGGUCUUGUUGAGCAGGAUGCUCAGGUUUUGUUUAGAGCUGGGGAGCUGAAAUGGGGAACAGAUGAAGAAAAGUUCAUCACUAUCUUGGGAACCCGAAGCGUUUCCCAUUUAAGGAGGGUGUUUGACAAAUACAUGACGAUUUCCGGCUUUCAAAUUGAAGAGACCAUUGACCGUGAAACCUCUGGUGAUUUGGAGAAGCUGCUUUUGGCAGUUGUGAAAUGCAUCCGAAGUGUGCCUGCCUAUUUUGCUGAGACUCUGUAUUAUUCCAUGAAGGGGGCUGGCACUGAUGAUGAUACCCUGAUCAGAGUCAUGGUUUCAAGAAGUGAAAUCGAUCUGUUGGAUAUUAGACAAGAAUUAAGAAAGAAUUUUGCAAAAUCAUUGCAUCAAAUGAUUCAGAAAGACACAUCUGGGGACUACAGGAAAGCACUUCUGCUCCUCUGUGGUGGAGACGAUGAGUAAUGGUGACAGCGACAUGAAGGAUUUGUACUCCAGCUUUGCAGCCCUUUAGUUAGCAUGUCUGGCUAAGUUUUUGUAUCUUAAUGCUUUGUGGCUGUUUGAAUUUAUACUAGUAUUGCACUUAUUAAAAAUGAGCAAACUGUUAUCCGAGCGAUAGCCUGUCCCUACUCUUCCUGACUUCCCAGCUUCCAGGAAUUUCAAGUGCCUUCUGUGAGUAUGUGAGAGUCAUCUUCAUGAAAGAUGGGUACUGAGCACAGAACACAGUUCUUUGCAAGAGUUUUGCUGAAAUAGGAAAAAAAAACCCACAUGUAUUUC